AUGGCAGCACUGAUUCCGCAUAGACCUGCUCUUGUUCAAGUCGUUACAAUUGCAUGUAUAGCCUUAAGCAUCGCCCUGAUUUGUGGGAUCACUUUUUCCUAUAUGAUAUAUCGAUUGGUACAGGCUGAGGAAAGACAACAACUUGCGUUGCUUUAUAAAAAUGUCAGGACACCAUUAUUAGGAGAUGAAGAGGAGGGCUCCGAGGAUGAGCGCCAAGACGAGUCCUCUUACCUACUUCCAGAGAAUGAGAAGGAACUGGAAAAGUUUAUUCACUCAGUUAUUAGAUCAAAGAGAAAAAAACAUAUUGAAAAGAUGAAAUUGAAGGGUAAGCAAAAGUUUGUAAAGAAAACAAAAACACAGAAUGCUGUGCACAUUGCAAAAAUGGGAACUCUGUGA